CUUGGGCACCCGGGAGUGGAACCGCACCCCCGCACGCAUUCACUGCGAAGUCUCUAAUUCUCGAACUGAAGACAGCACCCACCCAACUCCUCACUCUCCGCUCCUCUUAGUUCACCCAAUAAGCACAACUCUUCCAAAGAAAAAAUCCAGCAGAAGAGGACUCUUCUAGGGAAAAGUGACUGUCCUCGCAAAAGGAGCAACUGCUCCCGGAGAGAAAGGCGAGGCUCCCAGCCGCCGGCACCAGCUUCCCAAGACCGUGCGAAGAAAAAGGGUACGGCGCCCGGCAGGGACGGGGGCGCGGGCAUGAAGUUGGAGAUGUUCGGCCCUCGCGCGGCCCACGGGGACAAGCCGGGUAGUGACCUGGAGGGCGCAGGCGGCAGCGACGCGCCAUCUCCGCUGUCGGCAGCCGGCGACGACUCCCUGGGCUCGGACGGGGACUGUGCGGCCAACAGCCCGGCGGCGGGCGGCAACGCCAGGGAGCUGGCGGGCGGCGGCGAGCGGAGCGCGGGCGGCGGGCCAGGCGCCGAGGAGGAGGAGGGCCGGGCGGCGGCGGCGGCGGACACGGAGGCGUGCGCGGCGGGGGCCGGCGCAGGGAGCGCGGGGGGCGGCGAGGGCGUGCGCAGCAAGCCGUACACGCGGCGGCCCAAGCCACCGUACUCGUACAUCGCGCUCAUCGCCAUGGCCAUCCGCGACUCGGCGGGCGGGCGCCUGACGCUGGCCGAGAUCAACGAGUACCUCAUGGGCAAGUUCCCCUUCUUCCGCGGCAGCUACACGGGCUGGCGCAACUCCGUGCGCCACAACCUCUCGCUCAACGACUGCUUCGUCAAGGUGCUGCGCGACCCAUCGCGGCCCUGGGGCAAGGACAACUACUGGAUGCUCAACCCCAACAGCGAGUACACGUUCGCCGACGGGGUCUUCCGCCGCCGCCGCAAGCGCCUCAGCCACCGGACGGCGGUCCCCGCAGCGGGGCUCCGGCCCGAGGAGGUCGCGCCGUUCCGAGGCACCGCGGCCGGCGGUGGCGGCGCGCCCCUGUACUGCCCCCUGCGGCUGCCCGCAGCCCUGCAGGCGGCCACGACCUGCGGCCCCGGCCGGCACCUGCCCUACCCAGUGGAGACGCUGCUGGCCUGA